ACAACGGCCGCUGCUCGCAAGGGCAAAUUGGCGCGAAUAUAGUGUCCGCGAGUUGCGGUCUGCAACUUACGGACGCACUUUGUAAAUUGUAACUAUCCACUGCUGUGGAUUGAUCUUUUCAAUUAAUAAGGACUUUCGAUUAUGUUUAAUUAAAAAAAUUUUAGUAACAACAAUAUAAUAAAAAUGAACAAGGGUAACCAGAAUGUGAAAAACGCGGUGUCACCAACGAAACAGCGUACCCCAUUACAAAUACGUGGCCAAAAAAAAUUGAGCCUUUAUUUCUCUCAGAAUGCCAAUACCAUUAAGCAGUCAUCAGCAAUUAUCGAAUCUUCCGGUAGUGACAGUGACGAAGAACGUGAAGAUAUUUUUGUCGACUGUGAUUCUCAAAAAAAACGUAAAAGACGCUCUGAUCAUAUGUCAAAAAAUGUACGUAAGAUUCAGAAAACUUUUGACGGCAAUAUUUCUUUUGCAAAUGAUGAUAAAAAUUCAGGCGAGAUAGAAUUUUUUGAUUCAAUGAAUAAGGAGUCGGAAUUGAAUACUGCCUUUGUUUCUGGUAUUAAAUCAACUGAUGAAUUUACUGCUAUUAAAGAAGAGUCAGUUCAACAAUCUGAUGAGCUUUUGAACAAUAGCAAGAAUGAUAAAAAUGAUGAUAAACUUGACUCUGCAAGCAUUAUUAGUGCCACAAAAGAUAGUGGAAUAGAAACCCAAGGAACAAAUACUCUUGAAGUAUUCGAUGACUUUUUUGAAGAAGAAUGGUCUUAUGACAAAAAUGGGAAGGAAACUGAAAAUUUGGAUGACCUGUUUCAAGAUGAAUGGUCUGAUGAUUCGAAAAAAAUUCUAGAUUUUACUACACCACAAAGAUGUAAUAUUGUUGAUAUUGUCUGGGAUAAAACUGACAUGACUUUAAUUGUUAAAGGUGUCAAAGAUGAAUUAAUAGCCACUGUAAAGUGUUUUGGAUUAUGGCGUUACACCAAAGUAGAGCCUGGUGAGCCCGUAGUAAUUAAAGCUGUAAAAGAAUCACCUGAUGCACAAUAUUGGACUGUCAAUAAUAACUCAGGCUGGAUUAUCAAUCAACCAGACACACUUAUUUCGGGCACAUCAGUUGUUGGCGCUUUAUGGUGUAAUAGACGUAGUGCUCUGCAAGAAAAAUUCAAGCAUAUGGAAUCAUUACCUUAUAAUGAAGUUGGAAAUCACUUUAUGCUUACAGGAAGUUUAACUCAUGAACUGAUUCAAACUGUCUUGGAUCAAAACAUCACAGAAUUGAAAAAAAUUUCAGAUUUAUUAGAAAAAAUUCUGAAAAGUAAGCAUGCAAUAGACAUGAUGUAUGCUGGUGGAAUUUCUUAUGGAGAGUGCAAAAACUUGAUGAAACCAGCUGUUCCACAAAUUUAUAAGUUUGUUCAACGAUAUAUUAUAGGAACAAAACCAGCAGCUCCUGAUCAAAAUUUUGAUGGAAAGAUUGAUCAAAUAUGUGAUAUCGAAGAAAAUGUAUGGUUACCAUCACUAGGGUUGAAGGGAAAAAUAGAUUUAACGGUAAAAGUUAGUUCUAAGUCUAAAAAUCCAUUAAAUCCUGCUGUAGAACAAAGAAUUUUACCUCUUGAAAUCAAAACGGGAAAAUCAUCUUUUUCAAGAGAACAUCAAGGACAGUUGAUAUUAUACACAAUGAUGAUGAACAUGACAGGGCGUGAAGUCACUUCCGGUUUACUUUUAUAUCUUAGGGAAAAUAUCAUGAGAGAGAUUGUUGGUAGUUUUAAUGCUCAAAGAGAUUUAAUUACUUUACGUAAUACAGUGGCAUAUUACUUAUCUCGUGAGCCAAUAAUUUUAAAAGUUAACGAUGAAGAUGUUGUUCAACCUAUGGAGUUUCCUAAACCGAUUAAUCAUCCUUCUUGUUCUAAAUGUCCAUAUAAUGUAUUAUGUUGUACUUACUUAACUGAAGAUGAUAAAAAUGAUAUGUCUGAAAAUCAUCCUCUAAAAACAUUGAGUGAACAAGCAACUAGUCAUUUGACAAAAGAUCAUAUGAAUUAUGUUAUGAAAUGGAUUUCACUUUUGCAAAUUGAAGAAAAAACUGAUAAUGAAGAAGUCACAUCUUGGAAAGAUGUUUGGACUUUAAAACCAUCAAAAAGAGAAAAAAGAGGCUCUUGUAUCUGCAAUUUGAGUUUGAUAUCAGUCACUGAAAAGUAUGGAAGAUUUGUACAUAUUUUUGAGAGAUCCAAAUCCUAUGAAAAAUCAUCAGAAUUAAAUGCAUCCGAUUUUGGAGAACAAGAGUAUGUUAUUAUUAGUACUAAUGAUAGAAUAAAUAUAGUUUCAGGUUUUAUAGAUGACAUUAAUGGUACAACUGUUUCCGUCCAUUGUGAAAAGAAUAUAACAAAAGUAUAUAAAAACGAUAUUUUUCAUAUUGACAAAAGUUCAUCAUCUUCUUUGUUAACUCAAAAUAUGGGACAACUUGGAGGACUUUUAGAUGACCAAGAAAUUUGUUCAAAAUUACGUCAUAUUGUAAUCGAUAAACGUCCCGCAUCAUUUGAAAGUGAUAUGCCACCUCUUACGAUGGAAACUGGUGCAGAUAUUUUCGAAAAAUUGAAUGAAAACCAAAAACAAGCUAUUCUCAAGACAUUAACUGCAGAUGAUUAUAUUCUUAUUAAAGGUUUUCCAGGCACUGGAAAAACUCAAACUUUAGUUUCAAUGAUAGAAUUAUUAGUGCGUUUGGGAAAAUCGGUAUUGAUCAGUGCUCACACAAACAGUGCCAUAGAUAAUAUCUUAUUAAAAUUGCUGGAGCGAAAAAUUGAUUUCAUCCGAUUUGGUUCAGUAUCAAAAGCGCAUCCGGCCAUACAACAUUUGGUUGAUCAAAAUGUCACCGCGCAUUGCGAUACCCCGGAAAGUUUACAUACCGUUUAUUGUAGUAAGCAAAUUGUUGCCGUAACAUGUUACGGCGCUACUCAUGCACAUCUUUCAAGACGAAAAUUUGACUAUUGUAUUAUUGAUGAAAGUACCCAAGUAUUGCAACCGACUAUUUUAAGACCCCUUUAUUGCGCUUCAAAGUUUGUUCUUGUUGGCGAUCCUGAACAACUACCGCCGAUUGCUCGCAAUAAUGUUGCCAGAAAACUGGGGAUAAAUAAAUCACUUUUUUCUCGUUUGGAUUCAGAUAAUAAUUCUGUGGCUUUGACCUUGCAGUACAGAAUGAAUAGUUGUAUCAUGGACGUUGCUAAUAAAUUGACCUACCAUGAUUUAUUAAAAGUUGGAACUGAAGAUAUAGGCAAAGCAACUUUACCUGUUACUAAGAUUUCUGAUUUUGAAACUUGUGAAAAAUGGAUUCAAAAAGCAUUGUCAAUGAGACUCAAAAAUUCGGCAAUAAUGCUAAACACUUCUUCAACUUAUCAACUUGUUCUUGAUACAACUGUAUCCAAUAAACCUGGAAUAAGAACAUGCAAUUUAUGGGAAGCUUCCAUUAUUUAUCGUCUAAUAGACGUUCUCCAAGAUCUUGGAAUUCAUAAUAAAGAUAUUGGUGUGAUUGCACCUUACAGAGCUCAAGUACGAUUUUUACGCUCACUACUUCUAGAUAGUAUUGAAGUAAAUACUGUUGAUCAAUAUCAAGGACGAGACAAAAGCGUUAUUAUUUAUGGUUGUACAAAAAGUAUAUCUCCUGAGACUGACAUUGCGGAAUUUGAUAUUCUUAAAGAUCAGCAACGCUUGACAGUAGCUGUGACUCGGGCCAAACAUAAGCUCAUAAUUGUAGGUGACGCAGGUACACUUAAACGAUUUUCUCCAUUCAAAAAAUUACUUGACUACUUGGGAAGUCAUGAUCGAAUCUAUGACUUGAAAGAUGGUCAAGAUGAUUUUUCAUUCGAUGAUUUGAUGAAGAUCCAUCUGUGAUUAAUAGGUUGUCAAACAAUUUAUUUUUAUAAGAUUGUGUUAUCAACAUAUGCUUAUAAGUGAUGUUCGAUUUUGUAUCUAGCAAUUAAAUCAAUUUUUAUAUGAGC